AUGAUUGAAAGGACGCUGAACAGCAUAGACCUGAACAAUACAAGUCUAACGGUGCCGAAACUUCCGGCAGGCGCCAAGCUCUGGCUGAGCGUGGUAGCACUGGUGCCCGACGCAUUUGUGAAAGGAGAGCCCAGCACCGUGAUUGCCUUCACCAGUCCAGGUGGCAUUACUGACUUAGAGUUGGUCCCUGCUACGUACACCAUCAACGUGACCUGGACAGCUCCCACGGGCAACUACGAGACUUUCAGCGUUCAGCUCAAUCUAACCGCCUUGGAACAGGAAGUCGAAAAAAAGGAGCAAAACGCCAGUCCUCUCUCCUUCACGGGACUGAAGGCAGGAGCCAAAUAUACAGUGACAGUCACCACUCUGAAUGGGUAUCUCAGGAGCCAACCAAGGAGCAGAACAGUUUUCACUUUUCCUGUCCAACCGGAACCAGCCAAAAUCGACUCCUUCAGUGAGAGUCAUGUCACCCUGUCAUGGGGAGCCCCCAAGGCAUCCCAAGGCGUAGAACUGACGUACCUGGUCAAAUACACCACUGAAUUCUGGAAUUUGACAAAGAAUGUCACUGUGAAAAAUGCCACCACCUAUAUAUUUCAUGGGUUGCAUGCUGGGACCAACUACGACUUCGAAGUACGAGUGAAGGCGGGAACCCAGGAAAGCAGUCCGGUCACAGUAUCACAGAUGACAAUUGCUAAGAAGAGUGUUCUGACUAUUACCAUGAAGUGUUCGUCCAGCGUACCCCUCUACUGCGAGGACAUCCGCACACAGACAGAGGUCCUGUCAAAGUUGCAGGAGCAUUUCCGCAAGGAGUUCUACAAGAAGAUAGAUAUUGUGUUCUGGGAACUGGACUGGAGAGAGGCAUAAUAUCUCACACAAGCUUGACCAAAUACUACUACUUUAAUACACAUUUAAGGGAAUUUGCCGCAACACUUUUGGUCCCCUAAAAUGGGGGUACUAUAUACAAAAAGCGCUGUAAUUUCUGCACGGUUCACCCGAUAUAAAUGAAAAUACCCUCAAAUUAAAGAGUACAGAGUACAUAUCUACUUUAA